AUGGAUAAUUAUGAAUAUAUGAACAAAUCGUGUAUCAAUGAUGAUCUUAUAUGUGAAAUUUGUAAAAAUCCAUUUAUUGAUCCUGUUAUUUUACCUUCUCCAUGUGAACAAACAUUCUGUUUAAAAUGUAUUCAAUCUAAUCUUGAAAAUCAUUCGAAUAAUUGUUUAAAAUGUAAUAAAAAAUCUUUAACAAAUACAGAUUUGAAAAAUGAAAGUCCAAUUCUACGAAAUAUGCUUGGUAAACUUCUUGUGAAAUGUUGUUCUUGUUCUGAAGAAAAUAUUCAACGAUCAAAUUUUUUCGAACAUAUUGAACAAAAAUGUCCAAAAAGAAUUGUUCAUUGUUCAGCUAAUGAUAUUCAAUGCCCAUGGGCUGGACAUUUUGAUGAAUUAAAUCAACAUGUUAAUAAUUGUCCAUAUGAAGAACUUCGAAAUUUUCUUACUAAACUUAUUAAUGAUGUUCGACGUAUUGAUGAAUUAAAUCAACUUCAAAUAAAUUUUCAAACUCUUGAAAAUAAAUUUCAACAACAACAAAAUCAAAUUCAACAAAUUGAAAAUGAAAAUGAAAUUUUAAAUAAACAAAUAAAUGAAAUGGAAAAAUUUGAAAAUGAAAAUCAAAUUUUAAAUGAACAAAUAAAUAAAAUGAAAAAUUUUGAAAUUGAAUUAAAAGAUCUUUAUGAUUUUUUAGAAUUAACAAAUAUUUUAAUUGGAAAUUUUGAAAAUAAAAUAAAAUUUCUUCAAGAAAAUCUAGAUGAAUUUAAUCGUAUUCAAAUAAAAAAUGAAACUUUAAAUGAACUUUAUCAACAAGAACAAAUACAAAAUGAUUCUUUGAAUAAACAAAAUCAAUCUUUACAAGAACAAUUAUUACAAGAUAAACAAGAAUUUGAACAAUUAAAACAAUAUUGCGAACAGAUUCAAGUAAAUAAUCAACAACUUGAUCAACAAUGUCUUCUAACUAACGAAGAAAAUAAUCAUUUAAAUGAACAAAAUCAAUCUUUACAAGAACAAUUAUUACAAUAUAAACAAGAAUUUGAACAAUUAAAACAAUAUUGUGAACAGAUUCAAGAAAAUAAUCAACAACUUAAUCAACAAUGUCUUCUAAAUAACGAAGAAAAUAACCAUUUAAAUGAACAAAAUCAAUCUUUACAAGAACAAUUAUUACAAUAUAAGCAAGAAUUUGAACAAUUAAAUCAAUAUUGCGAACAGAUUCAAGAAAAUAAUCAACAACUUAAUCAACAAUGCCUUCUAACUAACGAAGAAAAUAAUGAUUUAAAUGAACAAAAUCAAUAUUUACAAGAACAAUUAUUACAAUAUAAACAAGAAUUCGAACAAUUAAAACAAUAUUGCGAACAAAGUCAAGUAGAUAUUCAACAACUUAUUGAACAAUGUUCUCAAUAUAAUAUAAAAAUUGAUCAACUUACUAUUAAUAUUAAACGAUUAGAAACAAAAUUAUAUCAACCAAUUAUUCAAUCACAUAAAAUAGCUGAUAAAAGUAAUUAUCAAAAUAAUCAACUUGAAGAAUUCAUUGACAAAUGUCAAACAAGUUUAAUUGUAAAUUUAAAUGGACAAAAAAUAAAUGAUCAUGAUAUUGAUAUUGUUAUUAAUACAGCUUUAAUUAAUAAACAAUGUCAAUCACUUAUUUUAUGGAAUAAUUGUUUAACAUCAUAUUCAAUAUCAAUAUUAUCUUCUUCUUUAAAUAUAAAUACAACAUUAAAAAAAUUGAGUAUUUCAAAAAAUCAUUUAUCUGAUAUAGCUAUAAAAUAUUUAUCAGAAUCACUUUCAUUUAAAAAUUCAACAUUAAAAGAAUUAGUUCUUUCUUCAAAUGAAAUAACUGAUCAAGGUCUUAUUUAUUUAUCAAAUAUGUUAAAAAUAAAUGAAACUUUAGUUGUAUUUGGAUUACAAGAUAAUAAAAUAACUGAUAAAUCUAUUCAAUAUUUAUCUCAAGUUAUACAAUUUAAUAAUAAAGUAAUUGAAGAAAUAUCUUUAUAUUCAAAUAAAUUAAUAACGGAUACAAGUAUUGAUUAUAUUGUUAAUAUGAUUAGAAAUAAUCAAUCAUUAAAAACAUUUUGGAUAUGGGAUUGUCAAUUAUCUGAACAAGGAAAAUAUAAACUUCAACAAUCUAUUCAAUCGAAAAUUGAUUUUGAUCUUCAAUUAGAAUCUAUCGAUUAA